AUGAUAGCAGUCGUUAUCCUCUCCACGCAUUCCUUGUUCCACGCCCGACACCGGAGGGCGCCGUCGCUAAAGCGCGAUACUACGGGCUCGCCUCGGGCGGCGCGAACCAAUUACCCGCCGCCGCCGCGCGGGCAUUUACCCCCCACCCCCCCACAGCCGUCACCCUUCACCCCGCACCCUUCACCCGUCACCCGUCACCCGUCCCCUUUACUUAUCUCCGGCGCUCUCUGCGCGCCGGGUACUCUGCCGCCAGCUGAACGCCCGCAAUGCGAAUGCGUUAGCUUUUUGUUGCACGUGUGA